AGCCCGGGGGCCGCCGGCCGCCGCUGCGCCCCGCGUUGCUUCUGCUGCUGCUGCUGCUGCUGCUGCUGCUGCUACCGCGAUUGCAGCCGCCGCCACCACCGCUCGCCCUGCCUCCGCCGCCGCGGCGCCUCCUCCCUCACUCGCCCGCGCGCUCGCCUCCUCGCUAGAUAGUGUGCGAGCCGUCCGAGAAUUAGACACACUCCGGACUCGGCCAAAAGCAACCGAGAGGAGGUGUAGUGUGGUGCUAGGGGGUGGGAGGGGAGGGAGGGAGGGAAGGCAAAGAGGAGGAGGAGGGGAGGCAAAAAAGAGAGAAACAACACGCAACAACUAGAGGAAGGAAAAAAAAGAGAAAGGAAAGAAACCCACCCACCCACACACACACACAAAAAAAAAAAAUUCGAAAGAAAAAAAAGAAAAGAAAAAAUUUCUGUGGCGCGCCGCCUGGUUCCCGGGAAGACUCGCCAGCACCAGGGGGUGGGGGAGUGCGAGCUGAAAGCUGCUGGAGAGUGAGCAGCCUUAGCAGGGAUGGACAUGAUGCUGUUGGUGCAGGGUGCUUGUUGCUCGAACCAGUGGCUGGCGGCGGUGCUCCUCAGCCUGUGCUGCCUGCUACCCUCCUGCCUCCCGGCUGGACAGAGUGUGGACUUCCCCUGGGCGGCUGUGGACAACAUGAUGGUCAGAAAAGGGGACACGGCGGUGCUUAGGUGUUAUUUAGAAGAUGGAGCUUCAAAGGGUGCCUGGCUGAACCGGUCAAGUAUUAUUUUUGCGGGAGGUGAUAAGUGGUCAGUGGAUCCUCGAGUUUCAAUUUCAACAUUGAAUAAAAGGGACUACAGCCUCCAGAUACAGAAUGUAGAUGUGACAGAUGAUGGCCCAUACACGUGUUCUGUUCAGACUCAACAUACACCAAGAACAAUGCAGGUGCAUCUAACUGUGCAAGUUCCUCCGAAGAUAUAUGACAUCUCAAGUGAUAUGACCAUCAAUGAAGGAACCAAUGUCACCCUUACUUGUUUGGCCACUGGGAAACCAGAGCCUUCCAUUUCUUGGCGACACAUCUCCCCAUCAGCAAAGCCAUUUGAAAAUGGACAAUAUUUGGACAUUUAUGGAAUUACAAGGGACCAGGCUGGAGAAUACGAAUGCAGUGCAGAAAAUGAUGUGUCAUUCCCAGAUGUGAAAAAAGUGAAAGUUGUCGUAAACUUCGCUCCUACGAUUCAGGAAAUUAAAUCUGGCACGGUGGUCCCUGGACGCAGCGGAUUGAUAAGAUGCGAAGGUGCAGGUGUGCCGCCUCCGGCCUUUGAAUGGUACAAAGGAGAGAGGAAGCUCUUCAAUGGCCAACAAGGAAUAAUUAUUCAAAAUUUUAGCACAAGAUCCAUUCUCACUGUUACCAAUGUGACGCAGGAGCACUUCGGCAACUAUACUUGUGUGGCUGCCAACAAGCUAGGCACAACCAAUGCGAGCCUGCCUCUCAACCCUCCAAGUACAGCCCAGUAUGGAAUUACCGGGAGCGCUGACGUUCUUUUCUCCUGCUGGUACCUUGUGUUGACACUGUCCUCUUUCACCAGCAUAUUCUACCUGAAGAAUGCCAUUCUACAAUAAAUUUAAAGACCCAUAAAAGGCUUUUAAGGAUUCUCUGAAAGUGCUGAUGGCUGGAUCCAAUCUGGUACAGUUUGUUAAAAGCAGCGUGGGAUAUAAUCAGCAGUGCUUACAUGGGGAUGAUCGCCUUCUGUAGAAUUGCUCAUUAUGUAAAUACUUUAAUUCUACUCUUUUUUUGAUUAGCUACAUUACCUUGUGAAGCAGUACACAUUGUCCUUUUUUUAAGACGUGAAAGCUCUGAAAUUACUUUUAGAGGAUAUUAAUUGUGAUUUCAUGUUUGUAAUCUACAACUUUUCAAAAGCAUUCAGUCAUGGUCUGCUAGGUUGCAGGCUGUAGUUUACAAAAAACGAAUAUUGCAGUGAAUAUGUGAUUCUUUAAGGCUGCAAUACAAGCAUUCAUUUCCCUGUUUCAAUAAGAGUCAAUCCACAUUUACAAAGAUUCAUUUUUUUCUUUUUUGAUAAAAAAAGCAAAUAAUAUUGCCUUCAGAUCAUUUCUUCAAAAUAUAACAUAUCUAGAUUUUUCUGCUCGCAUGAUAUUCAGGUUUCAGGAAUGAGCCUUGUAAUAUAACUGGCUGUGCAGCUCUGCUUCUCUUUCCUGUAAGUUCAGCAUGGGUGUGCCUUCAUAAAAUAAUAAUUUUCUCUUCAUCUCCAAUGAAUAAAAGUGUUUUUGCCAAAUUCUACAAUUUGAAAACAAAAAUAAACCACAAUGAAAGAGGGCAACUCUAUCCUGUCUCUAAAGAAUGAAGGAGAUACUGGACUGUAAAAAUCUCUUCCCUCAUUACCAGGAGGGUUUUAAGAAGUUUGCCCCACUAUAUCUCAGUUUUAUGAUGAAACACAAUUUAACUAACAUAGUACAGGUAAAUUUGCCGUAUGAUUUCUUUAGUUGUAGCUAAAUGCUAGAUCCCCUUUGGAAAAUAAUUCCCUUUAAAAAGAUAGCACAAUCCAUUCCAGGGAUUGCCUAGCAAUACAGCAUCUUUUCCUUUCACUAUUUGAGGCCAAAAAUUUUAAGAUGGUUUGUCAAAAAGGACACAAAGUCCAGUUACCUAAUUUUACCUGAGUUGGUAAGCACUCAAAAUUAAUUUGGUUCUGUGACAGGUAAGUUGGUAUGAUAGAUACAGUGUUCCUGUGGACAGGAGCAUUUUGCGUAUUUUCCAUCUGAAAACAUCACUAAGUUGAUAGUUUGGUAUGCAUGUUAUAUAAAAAAGUUCCAAAAUAUAUAGUAACAAAUAUCCAUGUUGGUAUGCAGCAGAUCAAACCCUGAAAUAACUAAUCCACAGUAAAAUGUUUUUCUCUAGCUAUGUCAGCUCAAAUAAGCAAGCCAAAAGGAAAAAAAAAAAGUUACCAUGCUUUAUUUUUUUCUUACAUGAUAUAUAUGUGUUCCAGUGAAGACAAGAUACCAGUGAUUAGGAAUAUCUUCAAAUAUAUUAAUUAUUAAAUUGUCACAGAUUAAAUGAUUUCUGUCAUAAAGAAUGAAAACUACAUCUUUGAAGGAAAAUGCUGUUACUCUAAAGAAGUAUUACAUUACAAGUUUGAUGGUUUUACUCUUUACUAAAGAGAGACACGGCAUUGAAAAACAUUUAACAAGUUUGAUGGAGUUACUAAUUUCCCUAUAACUAGAGAUUUCUGCAAAUAGUUCCCUUUUGCAAGUCAUGAUAACAAAACACCUACUAACAUAGUUAGAAAUAAGUACAUAUGUAAGGUUGUACAUAUUUAAAAUAUCUAACAUUUUGCCCUGAAAGAAACGUAAGUAAAAUGGAAGUAAAAUUUAGGCCCAAAGUAUACCAUAAAUCUAUUCUAAUCAGAAAUAUGAAUCCUAAAUGAGGAGGCAUAAAUAUACAGUGUUCACAAAAUGGCAGUAAUAUGGCAUAAUGCUAUUAAACUUACUCACUAUAAUAAUUUAUUACAUUAUUUUGACUGACAUAUUAAGAAAGGGUUUUUUUUUUCUUUUUUUAAACACAUAUGGCAUUUUAACUUUAUUAUUCAUUUGCUCUGUGGAAUUGGUGAGUAAACUACAAAAUUUUUUGUGUGUAUUGCAGCUUUAAAGUGGCACACUCCAUAAUAAUCUACUUACUAGAAAUAGUGGUGCUACCACAAAAGUGUUAACCAUCAGUACCAUUGUUUGGGAGAAAGAAACAGAUCAAGAAUGCAUAUUAUACAGUGACUACUUUCCUAGAAUUAAAAAUACCUCCUCUUUGUAAGGUUUGUAGGGUAAAUGUGAGGUAAAUUGAGGUAUAAACUAUGGAUGAACCAAAUAAUUAGUUCAAAGUGUUGUCAUGAUUCCGAAUUUGUGGAGUCUGGUGUUUUUCCCAUAGAAUGUGACAGAAGUACAGUCAUAGCUCAGUAGCUAUAUGUAUUUGCCUUUAUGUUAGAAGAGACUUUCUUGAGUGACAUUUUUAAAUAGAGGAGGUAUUAACUAUGUUUUUCUGUAUCAAGCAGCAUUCCUAGUUGUUAGGCCCCUGGACAGAGUGAAAUCAUGAGUAUUUAUGAGUUCAAUAUUGUUCAAAUAAGGCUACAGUAUUUGCUUUUUUGUGUGAAUGUAUUGCAUAUAAUGUUCAAGUAGAUGAUUUUACAUUUAUGGACAUAUGAAACGUCUGAUUAUUCCAUUUUAUCAGUCCUGAUUGUACAAGAUUGUUGCAAUUUCAGAAUAGCAGCUUUAUGAAACUGAUUUAUCUUUUGAUCUAUAACAAUUUUUUUUCUAGCUAUUCAUUUCAGCAUUAUAUUUCCACAGGUUUCAUUUGUGGGACUCUUUUUGUUGCCCCUGAUUUUUUUUUUUUCCAAAGGAAAAAAAAAAGAAAAAGAGCAGUUGAGAAAAGAGAGUGGAAAGAAAAAGACUGAAAAGGGAAAGAGGUAAAGAGAAGGAAAAAAAGAAAUAAGGAAGGAAAGAAGGGAAGGGAAGGAAGGAGGGAGGAAAGAAGGAAGGAAAGGAUAGGAGGGAGGGAUGAUCUGGAAUAUUAGGGUAGUUGACUUAAUUCGUUUGUAUUCUUGUUUUAACUGCAAGUGGUAUAAUUAUGCUUUAUAAUGAUCCCAUUUGAAACAUAAGUCCUGUUACAACAUUAAGUUCCUAUUAUAUGCAGCAAUUAUAUGACAGAAAGUACUGCCCAAAUUACAGUAUUGUAUUUUAGGGGGACAGUAAAAGAUUUGAGAGAGAUAAUGUCAAACUUAAAGCCACUUUUGGGGAGUUUAAGCUUAGCUGAAAAAAUAAUGCUUCAUCAUAACAUUUAAGCUAUAUCUAGAAAGUAGACUGGAGAAUUGAGAGAAUUACCCAGAUAAUUCAGGACAGUAUAUAUAAAUACCCCAGUGUAUGAACUCAGAAAAGUCUGAGAGAUUUAUCAAAGCCAAUUAUCUAUAUUAAUCAAAUUUAUUGAAUAAUUGUUAAUUUAUCCAUUGUGCUUAGCUUUGUGACACAGCCAAAAGUUACCUAUUUAAUCUUUUCAAUAAAAAUUGUUUUUUGAAAUUCAGAAAUGAUUUAAAAAGAGGUCAGGUUUUUAACUAUUUAUUGAAGUAUGUGGAUGUACAGUAUUUCAAUAGAUAUGAAUAUGAAUAAAUGGUAUGCCUUAAGAUCCUUUGAAUAUGUAUUUACUUUAAAGACUGGAACAAGGUCUUCCUGUCUUUUAGUAAAACAUCCAUAUUUCAUAAUCUGAUGUAAAAUAUGUUGUACUGUUUCCAAUAGGUGAAUAUAAAGUCAGUUUAUCAAUUAAAAUAUGUAUUUGACUCAUUUGAAAACUCUUUUUAGUUUAAAGGGAAAAGGAAGGAAAUAGUAAAAAUAUCCUGCUUCAUCCACUGUACUACACUCACACUUUCAGGUACUCCAGAGCAAUACAGGGUGAAACAUUAGGUGCUAUAGUUUUGCAGCCUUUCUCUGGUGCUGACUCCCCAAAGGUCUGACAAGCAGAAUUACAUCAAGCCUAAAGAAGUUUUCUGGAAAGAUUUUAUUAUCAAUUAUUUAGAACUUUUACCUGCUAAAAUGCAUCAGUGUUAUCAACAGAGACAAUAAUGAAAUCCUAUUGGUUUUACAAGCUAACCAUCUGAAAAUUCAAAUGCCUAGAGAAGUCAGGCAGAGAGUAUUAUUUCAUAAGACAGCUGGGUAUAAAACUAUAGCUAAGGGAGCUUAUUCUCCACUUCAAGGCAUUCAGGAACAAUUUCAGUAAAAACAUCUUGCCUUACAAACAAAAUGUGAUUUGCUGAAAGUCCAUAGUCUGUGACUGCUAUAGUAUGCAAGUGAGAGCCACCUCAGUGAAUGAUUUAAGCCCUCUUUUUUGAAUCUGUCAAUUUAUGCUUGUCAACCAAAUAAAGGAGAUAAAUGUGGUAGAUAAACACAACAACAAACCAUGAAAUAGACCUACACUUGUAAUAAGCUAUUUUGAAAUAUGGGUGUCAUUGCUAUUCUGGGAAAAUCAUAUAUACCAAACUCUUUCCUCCCCCCAAAAAUGAAAACACACAUUAAUGAACAUCUAAUUCUCCCACUGGCUCAUUAUUUCUCCCUUUGUAAUUUCUAUUCCACAAAUAAUCACAUGAAAACAGAAGCACCAAGUCUCAGACCCUGAAUGCUAGUAUAUGAAGCAGAACUAUUUUCUCUCUGAAUACAAUAGGUCAAAAUAAAUAUACUUCAAAGUGACAUCCAGAUAGUUGGAAAAUAAUUAUUUGCUUUUUCCUGGCAGGCAGAAAUUUAAGAAUUUUAAGAGAAAAAUUUCUAAGAACAAUUAAUUAAAAGAUCAUGAAAUUGAUCAAAAGACCAAAGCAUCACUGUACUUCCCCUGAACUUCCCAAGAAGCAUCUACCUUCACAUGCAUAUGUGCUUUUUUUUAAAUUCCAAACUUACUGAAAAUAUUAAGGAAUUGACAUUUCUAGUGGAAAUAAAAAAACUUGACAAAUGAAUCAAAUAAAUACUUUCCAAUCUUCCUGAAGAGGAAGAAAGAAGGAAGAGUUUUCAAUCUUCUCCCUAAAAGUCCUCCUAAGACUGCCAUGAUUCUACCAAGACCUUCAGUCUAAGACAUGUGCUCCACCUUAGGGACAGAUGUGGCAGCUAGCAUUACUCCUGAAGGGUUACACCAUCUCUGCCUUAAUUUUAUAAUCACAAAGUACUUUAGAAGACAUCACCACCAUGACUUUAAAUGUACUUUAAAAUGUUAUGUAAUUGAUGAUGAAAAUGAGAUUCAGAAACUUUUAAGUUGCUUGCUCAAGAUAACAUUUCUACUAAGUAGCAGAUUUGAGCCAAGUAUGCAACACAAAAUAUUCCCAAUUUGCUUCAAUUUCCAUGAGCCUUCCUAGAAAUAGGAAAAGGAUGUGAUCACAUUACUAACUUCACAAACAACUAUAUGUACAUUUACAUUUAUAGAUAAGUAACUUUGCUGAUACCUAGAUAUAAUUUUUCUUUAACGCCAUCCUUUUACUUUCCAAUGCUUUCAGAGGGUAUGUGGUUUAAAGACAAAUCACAUUAUACAUCUCAUCUAAAACUUUUGGGGUACAACUGCCUUUGGACAUAGAGCCCUUGGUAAUUUUAGUACCAUCACACCAAAUGGAGGAUCUUGUCAUAUCAUAUGUAUCUUUUUUAUAUGGUGUUUUGCAAAAGACCUACGAAGACUAUUUCCCUGGCAUCUGCAAUCAACACAAUUCUUAAGAAAUGGAGAGCAGAAUAUAAAUAUACAUUUCUUAAAAAUUCACAAUACUGAUUUUAAUUGAGCAAUGUUGUUUGAACCAUUUAUAUCAAAAUACUAAUUACAUGAACAUCUGUUUGUGCUGGGGCAGUAGAACAAGAGAAAUAUUCUAAUUUUAGAAAUUAAACUAUUUACAACCUAGGGAAUACAUUUGUAUUUUGUUGUCAAAGAUAGAAAUAUAAUGCAAAUCCUGUGAAUAUAACUCUAAUUUGAAAAAAAAUGAAAAGCAUAACUUUUAUAUACCUGUAAAAUGAACACAUUCAUUCAUUAAUAAAGAACUAAGAAGUUAAAACCAGAUAAAAGGACAAUCUAAAACCAGGCAUAUUUAGAGAUCAAGAAUAUUGAAGUUAAUAUCCUAAUAGAGGCAAAACUGGCUUCUUCCAGAAAAUGGAAAAUAAUUUAAUUGAAACUUUAACCAACAGAAUUUACUUAUGUGUUUAUUUACAAGAAAUAUUUUGCCUUACUAAAACUUAUCUAUAACUUGUAAAAUAGUUCAAAUGCAAUGAAAAGUAGAGUCCCCACAGAAUCAAAAUCAGGUCACCUGGAAGGGUGUGUGCUAAAUAAUACAUGUGUUUUUCAUUGCAAUAAAACUUUUCCCCUAAAAUAAUGAGAUGCAAAAAUCUUAGCGGACAGUUGAAUUAAAUGAAUCGCUAAUAUUUUAAAGUUUGAUAAUAUAAUCUCUAUUGUAAUCACUCAGAAAAAAACCAAAUUAUUUAUAUAUCUAAUAUUCUACAUUCUCUAUGUUCUAAUUAUUCAUUUUUUUCCUUAAGCCACAAACCAUUACCCAAUAGCUUGGGACAUAUAGAAAGAGAAAUUUUGUUUAAAACAUUAUAAGAACGACUUUGCUUUAAGAAUCCACCUGGUUGAAAAAUGAAUAUAUUUUGAAUACUUGUUAAAAGGAUUUCUUUUGUCAUUUGGAGGGAGGGGGGGCACUUAAUUCAUGGGAUAACAGGAAUUUUAUGUGAACAACAAUAAGGAAAAUGAACUAACAAUCGAGUUGGCAGUAUCUCUUCAACCAAACAAUAUGGUAAUAGUGAAAACAGUGCAAGAAGCUAUUGCUGAACUGAACGGUCUGCUUCUACUUAAUGCUAAUGAGCCCAGUCCCUGCAAAUUUUGGUUUGGUAGCAACUACAGGAGGUAGCAUGGUUCAUUAGGCUUUCACAGCUUUAAAAUGUUAAAGGGGGUGGUUUCACACCAUCAUUUCAAGUGAAUUGCUAAAAGCAUUGGGAUGUUCCUCAGUGGAACUUUGAAUUUGCUAGUUUCUUCAUUAAUUUUGACCUUUUUACAUUCAAAAAAGUUAACUUUACACUAAAUGUAGCAGACUUCUACCUCCCACAAGUACUCUAAGCACGUGGAAUUUCCUGGAAAAUUUGGGGACCUUAUUUUAGAAAAAGGACUUAUAUUCUUUGGAGACUAUAAUAUGCUAAUAAAAAAGAACAAGGUUUUCUUAAUUGUUCUAAAGCUCCUAAUAGAAUCCACAGAACUCUAACACAGUGUUCUAAACUACUUCAGUGUUCUAUGAGUAGUUUCAUAAAUGUGAGUUGUGGUUGCCCUAAAACUCGACAUCUUGCUACCACACAUUUGACAAGUGACCUGGCAAAAAUGUGGUCAAUAGCUCAUUUAUGACAUACUUAAGAAACUGUUCCUGGAGGUUUGAAACUGCUUCAAGCCGAUGUCUUUCAAAACAAAGCACAUACUCACACAUACAAACACAAAAUCACACUGCUCUCAGUGGUCUGGAAAAUAAGCUCCCAAGCCAGCCAUGUGGUGUUCUGGAUUAUUCAAAGAAAAAAAAAAAAGAAGAAGAAAUGACAACAGUGCAGCUGACGGUUUCUGUUUAAGUUUCAUCUGCUAAGAUUUUAGCAUAAGUAACAUCUUGUGAGUCAAUUAAUCAGAAGAUGGCACUUGCUUUAAAUGCUGACAUAGAGAUAAGCAGAUUUUUUAAAAUAAAAUUUAUUUCUGGAAAUAUAUUUUUUCUUGUUAAUAGACUAUCAGAAGCAUAAACUAAUUAUAUAUCUGUCUAAUAACUAUAAAUGUUGACAAGGAGAAAGAUUAUUGGUUUUUUUUUUUAAUUGGAAUAACUUUUUCCUGGAAAUGUAUACUUCCAAUUUAUACACAGGCACACUAACAUGUGUGUUCAGAAAUUUCUAUUUUGUCAUAAUUCAGUUGUAAGAAUACCUUAACAAUACUUUUAUGAUUUAAUAUGUGACAGUUGCAUAUCUUUCACCAUGUAACACAAGAACUUACAUAAUGAUCUACAUUUUGAUGUUGAGGCACAUUCUCAGGCUAGUAUUUCAAGAAGAAACUAUCAUAUUAAAAAUCACCUUAGUUUAGAAUAAAAAGACACUUACAAAAAAAAAAAAAAAAAAGGAAAAGAAAAGAAAAAGAAAGGCAUUCUCUUGUGGUGCAAAUGGCCCAGGUCCCUGCUAUGGCGAAGGUCGAUCCCUGGCCCGGGAACUUUCACAUGCCGCAGGUGUGGCCAAAAAAAAAAAAA